AGUGGCCGCCGCCACUGCAGCUUCCACCACAGUUUGAAGGAAACAGUUCUGAAACAAGGUCUUACCCCCAGCUGCCUCUCAACACAGUGACUGCCAUCUCUCCAAACGUCAAGUCCAGCUUUGUCCGCCAACCUGUCUGACAUGUCGGGACCCAUGCCAAGCAGGGCCAGAGUUUACACAGAUGUUAAUACGCACAGACCCCGAGAGUACUGGGAUUACAAGUCACAUGUGGUGGAAUGGGGAAAUCAAGAUGACUACCAGCUGGUUAGAAAAUUAGGCCCGGGUAAAUACAGUGAAGUAUUUGAAGCCAUCAACAUCACAAAUAAUGAAAAAGGUGUUAAAAUUCUCAAGCCAGUAAAGAAGAAGAAAAUCAAGCGUGAAAUAAAGAUUUUGGAGAAUUUGCGAGGCGGUCCCAACAUCAUCACACUGGCAGACAUUGUAAAAGACCCUGUGUCACGAACUCCCGCCUUGGUUUUUGAACACGUAAACAACACAGACUUCAAGCAAUUGUACCAGACGUUAACAGACUAUGAUAUUCGAUUUUACAUGUAGAUUCUGAAGGCCCUGGAUUAUUGUCACAGGAUGGGGAUUAUGCACAGAGAUGUAAAGCCCUAUAAUGUUAUGAUUGAUCAUGAGCACAGAAAGCUACGGCUAAUAGACCGGGCUUUGGCUGAGUUUUACCAUCCUGGCCAAGAACAUAACGUCCAAGUUGCUUCCCGAUAUUUCAAAAGUCCUGAGCUACUUGCAGACUAUCAGAUGUAUGAUUAUAGUUUGGGUAUGUGGAGCUUGGGUUGUAUGCUGGCAAGUGUGAUCUUCCGAAAGGAGCCAUUUUUCCAUGGACAUGACAAUUAUGAUCAGUUGGUGAGGACAGCCAAGGUUCUGGGGACAGAAGAUUUACAUGACUAUAUUGACAAAUACAACAUUGAAUUAGAUCCACGUUUUAACGGUAUCUUGGGCAGACAUUCCUGUAAGCGAUGGCAACGCUUUGUCCACAGUGAAAACCAGCACCUGGUCAGCCCUGAGGCCUUGGAUUUCCUGGACAAGCUGAUGCGGUAUGACCACCACUCAUGGCUCACCGCAAGAGAGGCCAUGGAGCACCCCUAUUUCUACACUGUUGUGAAGGACCAGGCUUGAAUGGGCUCAUCUAGCAUGCCAGGGGGCAGUAUGCCUGUCAGCAGCGCCAAUAUGAUGUCAGGGAUUUCUUCAGUGCCAACCCCUUCAGCCC